UCGCGCCGAUGGAAAAGACGCACGGCUGCUCUAUUGGACGGGACGAUACAAGACGCGCCUCCAGACGCCUAAAGACUACGAUUUUUAUUUUUUCUCUCUCUUCCGAGACAGGAGACAGGAGACAUGAGGCUCCGAGACACCUGUCAGCAGGGCUACACAUCCAGAAGCUGUGCGAGCUGCAUCUCGAGGCUCCGUGUUUAACCAUGGACGAGCUGUUGUCGUUUUUAUCAUCAUCAUUCUUUUUAUUAUAGCCUCUCGGUGACCGAGGAGCGGGAACUUACUCUGCUGCUCUCUUCUCUUCUUCUCUUUUGUUACCCUUCGUUUAUUCAUUUGAAUCGCGAGCCGCAUGAGUUCCCCGCUGUUUCUAGGUCAGCUGGUCGGGGUCCCUUUAGAAAUAAUGCACCCCACCAUGGAGAAAGACACGACUCACACCAAGAUCUUUGUCGGCGGGCUGCCGUAUCACACCAACGACGCCUCACUCCGGAGAUAUUUCGAGACUUUCGGGGACAUCGAGGAGGCGGUGGUCAUCACGGACAAACAGACGGGCAAGUCCAGAGGAUAUGGCUUUGUGACCAUGGUGGACAGAGGAGCGGCAGAGCGAGCGUGCAAAGACGCCAACCCCAUCAUCGACGGCAGGAAGGCCAACGUGAACCUGGCCUACCUGGGGGCGAAGCCCCGCAGCUCCCAAUCCAGUCUCUCCGUUGGAGUUCAGCAAGUCCAUCCCACGUGGGCUCAGAGGCAAUACGGGCUCGCCCAGCAGUACGUCUACCCUCAGGCCUUCCUCCACCCGAGCCUGGUGCUGCAGUCCCAGCUCGGCCCCACAGCGGCGGCCCUCGCCUCCCCUUACCUGGACUACAGCUCCGCCUUCAGCCCCUACGCCCCCGCAACGCUGGAGCAGUACCCCUACGCCCCGUCGCCCUCCGCCGGGUACCUCGGCUACAGCUUCUCCCUCGGUGCGCCGGCGCCCGCUCUGGCGGCCUCCCCGGCCCCGGCGGCCACCUUCCACCCUCCGCUGGCCGCGCUCGCCGCCCCGCAGGCCUUCCUCCAUUACCCCCCGCCCGACCGCAUGCAGUGAGCGGUGACUGUGAGCGGUGACUGUAGACCUGUGACAUCAUCGGGACUGGUUUACCAGGGAGUGUGAUGUAAUCCAAAGGGCUUUUAGAAAGCACUCACUCCUCUUUUUUAAAUAUAUAUAUAUAUAUAUUGUUAUUGAUGUUGUAACAGGUGAUGAAAUGUUCUAUUCCUUCGGUCAUCAGCACUCGAUGGGAAGGUUUUUCGUGCGUGGCAGGCGACUGGUAAUCUUCUGGAUGUUUCCGCUGACCCCCCCGAGGUCGGAGGCGGGCCGACCGCUGCAGAGCGCGCGGGGGAAGAACACGAGGAACGCGUCACAUUGGACGCUUUAGUGCUGCGGCUGCAGUUUCUCCGGAGGUGCCGAGCGGGACGCUGGAUGUUAGAUGAGCCUGGGACCGGUUCCUCUUUGAGAAGCAGAGGCCCGAUUACCUCCCCUCCAAGGUUAACUUUCUGCCGAUGGCCUUAGAUCUCUGUCUGUCUGUCUCUGCACCUGGUUCAGGUUGUGUUUGUCCUUUUUAUUGGUCUCUCAUCUCGAUUGAACAAAAUGUUUAUUGCCCCCCCCUCCUCCUUCUGUUCCUUUUAUUUGCCGCGGGCACGUUGCUAGUCACAGACUAACAGAAUAUGCAAUUACGAUGUGGAGGGACGAGGAACUUUUGUUUGUUGCUGCUGGAGCAUUGCAGCAGAGAGAAAGACUUCAACCCUUAAAACACAAUAGUUUAUCAAAGAAAACCCCCGCAGCGGCUCGUUGGGCUCAUUUUCUUUUUAGACCUGUAACUUUUGGAGCCGGAUUGUUUGUGUUGUCUUUUUAAGAUACUCAGAAUACAAAGCCGUCAAUGCAUAUCAAGUGAACGUGUUUGGGUGCAGGUGCCGUGUUGCUGGACGUGUGCGAGUGCAUUUGGUGUGCGAGUGUUUGUGUGAGAUAGAAAUAGAGUGGCGCCGUGCACGCCGGUGUCAGGACCUUUUCCAGCCCAUUGUGCUGCUCAGAGUUGUGUCUUUGUUUUGUCUGUCUUGUCUUUGUCUCUUUUUUUUUUCUUUUCGGGGCUGCGGAAUACAGACGAACCCUUCAGUCUAAUAAACCAAGCCAUACGUCACGUUUGAAACAAAUAUGCAAAAUAAAAAGGAACAUUUCUAAAUGAGACGUUUUUGGAGUGUUUUUAGAAUUACAACGACUGAGGUUACAAAACUGUGUGAGACACGUCCAACCUUCUGUCCUCCAGAUGGCUCAUGUGCUAGGUGUUUGUGCUAAGCUGUCCGGCUGCACCUUACUGGUCUCGCAUAACUCACAGCAGUGAAAAAGCAAAUAUGUGUUGUUUCCUAAAUGUGAAAUUAUUAUUUAAAUUGUUUAUGAUAUGCUACAAUAUUAUUAUUUAUGAAAUAACCUUUUCCAUAUUAUAAUUAGAUCCUUAUUGGCAUACCAUGACUUUGUAUCUAUUGUGUAAGACAUCCGAUACUAUAAUAAUAAUAGUGCAUUUAAGUUAUGCCUUUUUUACAUGAUCAUGACGCAGUAUACUAUGACUUUUUAUUAUUUUUUAAUGACUUUUUUGUGAGAUGUUUAUGACAUGCUUUUCCUUUUAUUAUUUUUAAUAAAUUAUUUUAUUUUCUUGCCAUCGUUACUGUGGUUCAUUACAUACUUUUUAUUUAACGAAAUUUGAAUAUUAUAAAGAAUUUCUUUGACCUGUCACACUGUACCUUUUUUAAAAUAAUUUUUAGCAUACUAUGUAUACU